AACGUGAGGGAACAAGGAGAGAGAAGCCUGCAACAUGAACCUAGUCAUGAAGUGGCUGAUGCUACUCUGUGGCAUCUGCAUCUCACCAACGAUCACAUUGAAAAGGCUUCAUCUCCAUAAAAUGCCAUCCAUUCGCCAAACCCUGCACCAGAUGGGACUGAAUCCGACCGCUGUCUUUGGGGAGUCUAACAAGAUGAAUAUACACAACGGCACAUCUCCGACAAUGCUGACCAACUACCUGGACACCCAAUACUUUGGGGAGAUCAGCAUUGGGACCCCACCACAGACCUUCAAAGUAAUCUUUGACACGGGAUCUGCCAAUCUCUGGAUACCCUCUGCCAGAUGCUCAUCCAGCUAUGCCGUCUGUGAAUCCCAUGACAGAUAUGACUCCUCCAUUUCAACAACCUAUGAAGCCAAUGGAAAAGGAUUUGCUAUUCAUUACGGAGCUGGCAGUGUGAGGGGCGUUCUCAGUCAAGAUAUAGUGAUGGUGGCCGAUCUUCCGGUUAUCCAGGUCUUUGCUGAAGCCACCUCGUUACCUACCAACCCGUUCAUCUUCGCCAAGUUCGAUGGGGUGCUCGGGAUGGGGUUCCAGAGCAUUUCUAUCGACAACAUCAAACCCGUGUUUGAACAGAUCCUGGACCAACAUGUCCUCAGUGAAGAUGUCUUCUCAGUCUACUACAACAGGGAUUCGCACCAGACACCGGGUGGUGAACUCAUCCUAGGCGGCACCGACCCGUCUUACUACACCGGAGAAUUCCACUACCAGAAACUGGUCAAGAAAGGCUUCUGGCAAAUCGGCAUGAAGGGAAUUUCCAUCGAUGGGGAACUAACUCUGUGCACUAAUGGGUGUGCUGCCAUUGUAGACACAGGUUCAUCCUACAUCAAUGGGCCGGCUGCAGAUAUCUUGACCAUAGUCAAUGCCAUCGGGGCCAAGCCACUGGCAGAGGGACCGUUUAUCGUUGACUGCGACCAAAUCCAUACCUUGCCUCACAUCUCGUUCAACCUAGGAGGAAAGAAUUACCUGAUGAAGGGGGAGGACUACAUUAUGAAGGAGUCUCAAUACGGGGAGGAGGUGUGCACCGUUGCCUUUGAGGGGCUUGACAUCGCUCCACCCACCGGGCCUCUGUGGGUCCUUGGUGCCAGCUUCAUCAGCCGAUACUACACCGAGUUCGACCACAAGAACCACAGAAUAGGCUUUGCCCAGGCGGUUUAAACCAGGACGGGGCGAGGCCUCCCACGGCAAACCUCGGUGACGGUGCCAUUCACUUUCACACGGUUCGUGCCGCGGCAGGUCAGCUUUCACGCCUGAAGCCGGCAACACAACGGCAUGAUCCAAAUAAGGACGCAGGCAUGAGACAAAGUGGUUUAGUUCCUUCCACUGUUCUUACACUUCACAAUAAUCGAUAUUGUUA